UGUCAAUUUUUUUUGCUCCGAGCUCCGACGUGUUGUAUUUUGAUUUUAUUUAUUUAAAUGAGAAUUUAACAUUUUUUUGUUUACAUUACUUUAAGUUACAUCUUUUAACUUUACUUCAAGCAAGCUUCAUUAAAAUGUAUAACGAUGUAUACUUUACUCCACGGCUUUUAUAAAUAUGUUAUUCAAAAAGAUGAAUACUUUGUGUUGAUAUUAGGACUCGACAAUGCGGGGAAAACGACAUAUCUGGAGGCUACAAAAACAAAAUACACCAAAAAGUAUAAAGCAAUGAACCCUAGUAGAAUAACAACCACAGUAGGGUUAAAUAUAGGUAAAAUAGAUGUAGAUGGAGUUAGACUAAACUUUUGGGACCUAGGAGGACAGCAAGAAUUACAAUCAUUAUGGGAUAAAUAUUAUGCAGAAUGCCAUGCUGUUAUUUAUAUUGUAGACUCUUCAGAUAGAGACAGAGUGUCAGAGUCAAAGGAGACUUUUGACAGGAUGAUAGCGUCGGAGCAUCUCUCCGGCGUGCCCCUGCUGGUGCUGGCCAACAAACAAGACAUUCCCGACUGCAUGGGCGUCCACACCGUGAAGCCCAUCUUCAACCAAAACGCGCACUUGAUAGGUGCAAGAGACAUUAUGCUUAUGGCCACGUCCGCCUUAACUGGGGAUGGCGUAGACGAAGGCAUUCGAUGGCUGGUGGACUGUAUAAAGAGGAACAGCGUCGAGCGACCACCGCGGAAUCAUGACGACAAUUUGUGAAUCGAAACGAGUUGCGACAUCCACAAUAAAAUAUACCUUCGCAAUACCGAUACGAUGAAUAUUAAUUAGCUUUCCUAUUAAGAUAAUGUUGUGACUCGUCCCAUUGUUUUGUACAUACAGUAUUGACGUUUGAAAAUAAAGCAUACGAACUGUG